CGAGGCAGCUGGUGGAGCCGAGUGUUUCCGCUCAGCGAGACUCAAAGAUCCCGAGGAGCCGAGCAGCGAGGAGCGAGGAGCGAGGAAGCACUCUCACGUUCUCCUGCCGUGUCUCACCCCCUUCUCCCCCUGGGUGUCCCCGGCGAAAACAAGCGUUCAUGUCCCGAAUGUGAGCGACGGAGAGGAGCUGGUCACCUUCGCGUUGGUUAAGCCGUAGAGGACUCUCGCUGGUCGCCGGAGGAAAAGAUGUGCGAUGGAAUGGUAGCGUUUCAGACGAGAGCCCCAUCCUCCUCUUCUUCCUCCACCUCCUGCUCCUCUCGAGCCCACAGGCUGGCUGCCUCCGCGCUUCUCCUCCUCUUCACCCUGCUCCCUCAUGGUCACGCAUCAGGUUGUGUGCAGCCUCCUGGUGUGCAGCACGGGGACCUGCUGAACCAGACCGAAGCCAACAGGGGAUCCUUUCCCCCGGGCACCUUGCUGACCUAUGGCUGUGAGCCCGACUACACGGCAGAUGGACCCACCACUAUCAUUUGUACCAGUUCUGGAGCCUGGUCCCAUCAGCCCCCACGCUGCAUCAGAAGCAUCAGGAUCAAAAAUACAAACACAGUGUGCUCACCCCCCACUGAACCAGAGAACGGUGGCUAUCGCUGUCACCCGUCUCCCUGCCACCGCCUCACCCAGAAGACGGUCAUCGAGUACUUCUGCGACGAGGGCUACGCUCUGAAAGGAGAUUACAAGUUCCUCACCUGCCAGAACGGCGAGUGGGACGGCCCCAUGCAGAUCAGCUGCCGACUAACGCAAGACAAAGAGCCGAGCUCGCCGCUGGGUAUUCCAGCUCUGUCCAUCGUGGCAUCCACAGCUAGUUCUGUGGCUCUCAUCCUGCUUUUAGUGGUGUUGUUUGUUCUUGUACAGCCCAAACUCAAGUCCUUCCAUCACAGCAGGAGGGAGCAGGGAGUCUCAGGCCAGAGUAGUUCCAUCAUGGUGGAGGGCGUCCAGGUGAGCCUCCCCUCCUACGAAGAGGCUGUAUAUGGAAACGGUGGACCAUGCGCUGCAUCCGAUCCUCCUCCUUCUCCACCACCUCCUGCGGCUCCUCUGGAGUCUCGAGUGCCCAUCGUGCUCUCUGAGGGGCUUCCUCAGGGGGCCACUGGAGGCCAAGGCCCCAGCAGAACCCGCCACCACAGAGACUUAGACUUCUGUCUGCCAUCCACCUCGUCAUCCUUCUCCUCCCGCCACCAUGCAGAGACAGUGCUGGUUCACCAGGUCCCCUCCUCUUCCUCCUCCUCCUCCUCUUCAUCAUCAUGGGCUAGAGAGCACCCUGGGGGUGCAUGUGCAGGCCCCCUCCCUCUCCGUAGAGACUCUGAGAGCAGCGAUCAGAACAGUCUGCUUUCUGUGACCUCUACGGAUGAAUUUUCUGACGACAUCCCCCUGCUGAAGGAAGCAUGAAGCCUGCCAGGCUGCUCUCGGCAUCAGCAGCGGAGCCCCUCGUUCUCUCUCUCUCUCUCUCUUUCUCUCUCCCUCUCUCACUGCUGACUGGAACUGACUGUGGCUGACAACCUACUUCCCCCACAAUGCAGUGAAAAAGACUCGAACUAUGCCCCCCCCCCCCCCCCCCCAUCGCAACCUCUUCUACCAUUGCUAUCCAUGCAGAGCGAAGCCAACAACAACCAACAGUCACUGUACCACGAGCAGUGACGGAGCAGCACUGGACUCAGCUACAGGAUCAAACUACAGACAGAGUGGUUCUAGUUCAAUAUAAAUCCUGUAGAUCUGAUGUAUAUGAGUAAAACAUGCAUACCAAGUCAUGGUUGUGUCCUAUAGGCUAUGUAUCACCAUACACUUGCCUCCUCCCAGGUGUAAUUAUCUAUAUUAACAUUGCUCUCAAUCCAGACACAUCGACUCAGUCUGGAGUUACUGCAGAUAUAUAUAAAUAUAUUAAAAAAAACUUGAGAUGUUCGCUCCUGACGCUAACGCGCUCAGAAUCAGAAUCGUCUUCCCGCUGUACUUGAAAAGUUGUGAGUGACGGGGCUGGUUUUUUUUGUGCGGCCCUCUUUGGUGAAUGCUGCAUGUUGUUUUUAGUCGUGGCUGUCACGGCACAGUCUGAACGAAGCAUGAAGCCUCCUCUGUCUCUCUCUCCGUAGCUUAUCUGUGCACCCGGUCGGCAUUCGAGCAUAUGGAUUGGUGGGAUUGUUUUCUUUGCCGGAUGCAGCCAGUGUCUGGAGGGUGCUGCCUCUGCUGCAUGAGUGGGAUUGAUCGGUGUUUUGGUUCCAGGGCUGUGCUACACGUCGUUGCUUGUUUAAAGAGAGGGAGACACGAUGCCACAUUUUGUUUUGAAAGCUGACGAGAGGGUUGUGUUUGAACGUGGUGACUGGACACAUGACUUAACCUAGAGGUUGUUUGUGUUUAUUCCCCCCCCCACUGUAUUUAUUGUUUGGUGUGUGGCUCAGUUUGAGUAGUUGAAUCUGAGUGUGUGCGCGCGUGUGUGCUUGUGAGCUCGGCAGGAGACGACAUGUCCUCAUAUGGUCGUCUUCAAUGCUGCCGCUUCCUGAUUUGCCUCUCGUCACACCAGAGGCCGGCAUCACAACGUCCCCGUCUUUCACCAUAGGAAGAAAUCCCUCCCAGCGUUGAAUAAAGUCAUGUGAACAAACCAGCGUCACUUCAGGCAACGUGUCCGCUAAACAACGUGUAUUAUUCAUGUGCUCUCGAAACUAGAAUAUUUAUCAUUUUCUGCUGAAUGGCUGGACGUCUCCGUAGAGAGGGACUCGCCCGACUUCACACUGAGCUGAAGACUCUGUCUCCACUUCUGUGCAUCAUCGACACCACUGCAACUGGUUGCAGUGAAAUAAUAAAAAUAAUAAUUAAGGUUUUGUCAUUAUGACAGCCCCCCCGACCCCACCCCACCCCACCACCACCACCACAAUCAUUCACUCCAUCCCUACGAUGCAGAGUGCAAAGUGAAGAAUAUAUAAAAGAAUAAGAAUUUAUCAAAAGUCAUUUUGAAAGGAGUCGCUGUCACUUGAAAAGCAUUUGGUGGUCGAGCUGGUCACCGUGGGAACAGCAUGACUCUGGUUGGUUCUUGAGAAUCACUUUCUGAGGUUAAAAAAACUCCACUGGUCUGAGUUUCCGUUCUCGAUUUUAUUUGGAAUUCGUGGCUGUCUGUAAAUGUCAACGGCUACAUUAUUCAUGCAAGCAGAAUGUUGCCUUAGACUUGUACAUGUUCUUCUUUUUUUUUUUUUUUAAAUGUAUAAUCGCAAGCCUCCGCGUUGGUUGCUUUUACAAUACUGCAAAGUGUUCUGUUUCUUUCCAAUGGCCUUACUCUGUUUUUUCUAUUCUAUGCAUAAAACUGUCUUUCUGUAUUUAUCGAUGACUUUUACUUCUGUUGUGGACACGACUGAACGAAUGUCCGUCCUUCUUUAUCCUCCCCCUAGCAUUUCCAGCUACUGUGAUGAUGAUGAUGGUGGUGAUGAUGAACCUAUGAGCACCUAUGUUUCACUCUUCCUUUACUUCUCUUGCAAGGCAUUAAAAAUAUAAUGGGAUUUAAAAGAAAGGAAAACACUAAUUAACCUUGCAUUCAGAAACACUGUUGUACGGUGUUGCGUCCCUGAAAAUCACAGGUUAAACAAAGUACACAUCCUGAUUCUUAAGUUUCAACACUUUCAGCUUUGGUUUCUCCUCUGUACAUGGCAGUGGGUGUGAAGAUAGUAAUUUAAUAUUUGUAUAAAGUUUAAUUUAAUUUUACAGUGUGUAUAUAACUUUCUAAUUAAAGCUUUCUUUUGAAUGUG